UCUCAGGAAAAAAGAAAACCCUUUCUCCUUCCUCCCUUCGCUCCCUCGCACGCCCAAAAAGCCUAACCAACCACCCGGCCCGCCCCGCCCCGACCCCCGACCAAACCCGCACCGGACGCCGCGGGCGGGAGGGAGACGAGACCCGAGAGAGGGACGGGAGACGGGACCGGCCGCCGCGCCUCGCGUCUCUCCUCGCCCGCGGAGGCGGCCCGGUGGUAGCGGCGAUGGAUUGGGCGGCGGUGGCGUACACGGCGGCCGCGCUGCUCUGCGCCGCGGCGGCCACCGUCAUCACGGUCGGCCACAUCUACCGCCACCUGCUCCACUACGCCGAGCCCAUCUUCCAGCGCUUCAUCGUCCGCAUCAUAUUCAUGGUCCCGGUCUAUGCAGUGAUGUCAUUUAUUUCCCUUAUCCUACCAGACAAUGCAAUAUAUUUUACCUCUAUCCGAGAAAUCUAUGAUGCUUGGGUCAUUUACAAUUUCUUUUCACUCUGCUUGGCAUGGGUGGGAGGACCUGGUGCUGUGGUGGUGAGUUUGAAUGGCCGAACCCUGAAACCAUCGUGGUUUCUGAUGACUUGCUGUUUCCCAGCUAUUCCUCUAGAUGGGCGUUUUAUACGGAGAUGCAAACAAGGCUGUUUGCAGUUUGUUAUUCUUAAGCCUAUCUUGGUGGUUAUUACCUUCAUACUUUAUGCUAAAGGAAAAUAUGAAGAUGGAAACUUCAGUGUCAACCAAUCCUAUUUAUACAUCACUAUUAUUUACACAAUCUCAUACUCGAUGGCGUUAUAUGCUCUUGCAUUGUUCUAUGCGGCAUGCAGAGAUCUACUUCGGCCAUAUAAUCCUGUCCCAAAGUUCAUUAUAAUCAAAUCAGUCGUGUUUCUCACAUACUGGCAGGGUGUCCUGGUUUUCCUUGCUGCCAAGUCUCGAUUUAUCAAGAAUGCUGAAAAGGCUGCCGAUCUCCAGAACUAUGUAUUGUGCGUUGAGAUGCUCAUAGCAGCCAUUGGGCACCUGUUUGCCUUUCCCUACAAGGAGUAUGCAGGUGCAAAUGCUCGCCCUUCUGGUGGAUUCAGGGGAAGCCUUCUUCAUGCUUUAAAAUUCAAUGAUUUCUAUCACGACACCGUUCACCAGUUCGCUCCUACCUAUAACGAAUAUGUGCUGUACAACCACAAUGAGGGGGAGAGUGCACCGACAAAGUUCCCUUCAGGGAGCGCCGUGCCAACUGUCCGGGAUGUGGAGUUGGCUGGCAUCACCGUGGUGGCCUCAAACAGUCCAGUGACCUCAAGCGUAUCAUCCAACCAGGUAGACCAGGACGAGUCGAUGACCACUCCGAUCAGGAACAAAGUCGACCCACCUGGAGGAAUGUACGACCUCACGGACCUGCUCGACGUGGACUUGUCUAGCUACCCUGCCAAGGUUCCUGCGAUCUCUGAUGUAAGAAAACAAUGACCAGGUGCGACAGCCUAUGUGUCUCGGUAGCGAUUGGGGGAAUCGUGACCUUCCAUUUUGUCAUAGAUAAUGCUGUAAAAAUGUGUGUGUACUACUUCCAGUUCCAGUCUUUCCCCCCAUUGAAGAAGGGGGCUUAUUCAUGCCUGCACCACAGCUGUCCCACGGCCUCUCUCGCCCUACUCUUCGACUAACCGUGUACAAUGUUGUGGGCUCAAGGUGAACUGAUGUGACAUGAGACUAAAUGAAUACCAUACUAAUAGUUUGCUGAUA